GCACAAAAACGCGCCUAUGAUCAAGCGGCACCGCCUCCGAUUCACUUCGACAUGAAACGUCGUGGAAUGGAAGUGAACUAUGCGGCGAUGUCAAUGCAGCAAUUACAACCGCAUUCACCGCAACUUGGGCCACCGCCUCAAGGUAUGGGACAUCAGCAGGGCCCACCGGGAAAUGCGCGUAUCUUAGCGAUCAAUCCAUCGAUGAAUUAUGAUUUUGCAGGCCUCCCAGCUAUGGGAGCCCCACGAAUGCUGCAAUGUGGACCACCACCCCCACCGCCACCACCACCAUUGAAUGAGCCAGCUUAUCUUCUUCCCACCUACGGUCAUACUUCUCCUACACCAGUCGACUUUUACAAUCCGAAGUCGUAUACAUUCGAGGAGAUUACUCCCAAUGGUGAUCCGUUCAUUCCACCAAGUUAUGCUCCCGAAAUGAAGAAUGCCGUUGUACUGCAACCACUCUAG